AAAGCUUUCGAAGCUCGCCUACGCCCUAGAAGACUGAGUGGUUCACCAUUUUGGAAGAAUAAAUUCGGUAGUUUCAGUGGACUCGUAGCUCCAUUCGGGGCUCGAGUAGUGAAAAGGACAACUAUAGUUCCUUUUGACGCCAUCGCUGGCUUAGGUUGUGACGAUCGAAGGCAAUUUGUUCUUUCAAGAUGACGUGCUGUAUGAGUGAAGAGCAGAAGGAGAUCAGGCGAAUCAACGCCGAGAUCGAAAAACAACUAAGGCAGGAUAAAAAGAAUCAAAGAAGAGAACUGAAACUACUCUUACUCGGUGAGUAUUUAAUAUGUUUUUCUAGUUAGCGGUCGUGUUCCGCCUAAAAUCUGCAUGAACAGCCGCGCUGUGUUGCUCGACUCUGGUCGCAAGGAAAUGUUCGCUCGAUAAAAUACAGAUAAAAAUAUAUAUAGAAAACAUAUGCAUUUAUAUAGAAAUUUAUAUACUUACGCAUGCUAAAUAUACUUGUGUAGAUAUACUUUUACAUACGCGAUCCAAGUAUUGCUCCGCUGGCUAAGCGAGAUGUGAAGUAAUCGACGAGGAUCCAGCGGCCGAUUGUUCCAGACUUUUUUAACCGACUCCAUGUUUUGUUAGCGCACUCUCAUAUUUGGUAUAAAUGCUUAAAUUUAAUCCUGACUGCUACUAAAUAAAUUAAGACCUUCUUUUCAUCCUGCAUACAGAAUAAGAAAGUGUAAAGGCUUUAUUUUGGAGCAUCAAUUCCGAGUCCAUAUCGAUCUAGGCACUCAUCACGGUUGCGAUUGUGUUUCCGUGGUGAAGUGUGGGUUUGGGAUGUUUUUCUUAGUGAGAUUUCUGAACGUGGGAUGUGUUCUUUUCACAGGAACUGGAGAAUCAGGCAAAAGUACCUUCAUAAAGCAGAUGAGAAUUAUUCACGGGCAGGGAUACAGUGAUGAAGAUAAAUUGGGCUAUGUGGCUUUGGUAUAUCAGAAUGUUAUAACUGCCAUACAGUCUUUAACGUUAGCGAUGGAAUCCUUGAAAAUAGCGUACAGAAAUCCAGCAAAUUCGGUAUGAAUUACAUUUUAGACCACUUUAUGACCUUGUUUAUUACAUAUACUGUGUUUUUGCUCAAUUACUUCAGAAGUUACCCGCUCUGAAAACGCCUCCCCGGCGAAUGGAAAUUGAUGGACUUGAUUUUUUUGUGCGACUUUUGUUUUGAUGUUUAUACAUUUUACACCGAUUUUUAUUCAGGAGCAUGCAAAGACCAUGCGAGAGGUUGACCCCAAAAAUGUUACUACCUUCGAACACGACUAUUACAUAGCCACCAGAUCUCUCUGGAGCGAUCAAGGCAUGCAAGAAUGUUAUGACAGAAGAAGAGAGUACCAACUUAGCGACUCUGCGAAAUAGUAAGUCACUGUGUGCAUGUCAUUUGGAAUAUGUUGGUGUCUCGUUUUUGAAGUGAAAUGGUCAGUUUUGCCCAAGAACAGUCACACUUUUAGUUCGAUUAAACGAUUGUUGCAUAAAUUUUUAGUUCUGUUACACAUAGCUGGCAUAUUCACGCCAGAUUCGUAUUUUCUCCGAUUCCAUCUGGAUUAUCCCCUACAAGGUCUUUGUUUCGGAACAUUAACUACUGCUGUCCGAAUGCUCUGGCCCUUUCAUCUGGUAGCUUUGAUUUUGAAACAUCAGAGUAUUCAGGUACAUUUUGGAUUCAAUGUUGGGUGCAUCAUUUGUGAUAUAUUCGUCCGCAUAAAGAUCGCUUGUCAAUUUCUGCACUAAAUUGUCUGUUGGCUAAAUGACGAGCAACGAUGUAACAGAUUUACAACGCUUGAAUCUGCGAUUUUAUUCACCUAGUCCACAGAAGCUGCCAUUUGACCCCUCAAUCAAAGAAAUUCGAUUUAAAAGUUUCUGUCUUUUUAUUGCGUCGAAAAACGCUGAAUUGACAUGAUGUUUCAUCGGGGUCUUUUCAUGUGAGCGGUUUUGUCGCUUCUUCGUUCAGCAAAGUUGACUUACGUUUUUGUGCAUUUUAUUAGCAUACGCUCUAAUUCUUACUGCAUUCUAUUCUCUGUACUUUCAGUUAUCUAACGGACUUAGAUCGACUUGCCAGGCCCGAUUACCUUCCGACAGAACAAGACGUUCUGCGGGCUCGUGCUCCUACCUCUGGUAUCAUUGAAUACCCGUUUGAUCUCGAAACGAUAAUUUUUAGGUAAGCUUAAUUUUCCUUUCAACUAUUAAGAGUGUUAUUUGAUUUCUAAGCAACGGUAGCCAGCCUUUAUGUUCCUGUUGUGGCCUAGAUGGUGUCAUUGCCGUUAAUCUUUAUUCGGAUUUUAAUUUAUGGCUUGUUCCUUGUAAGGAACCUUCAUUUUUCUCCAGCAAAUUCGCCUUAAAUGAACAGGAAAUUUCCCCCACACAGGAUGUUAAUGUGGUUGCCUGCUUUUCUCUUACAUUUCUGGGUCUUGAAUCUGCAUAAAGAUUAAAUGAAAACGUUUAGUUAAGGCAAAGAAUAUUUUGCAUUGGUAAUGGGCUGGUCUGGAGUAAGAUUGUGCAAACUAUUUCAGUUGUAUCACUUUGUUUACUUGUGACUUGGCCUGUAGCAAUGGAUGUAGAAUUUUGCAAUAACUCACUUUGCUUGUGUACACAGUGGCUCUGCAUUUUGACUUGAUGUAUAUGUUGAGCAAGCUCUUCCUUGGAAACAAUGUAUUCAAAUACCCCCAUAACCUUUAUCUGAAUAAACUCUUUGAUUCUUGCAAUGUUGAGUAUGUAAAGAAUUCCAUUUAUAAUUCAAGCAGACGAGCUGUUUCUUGCAAAUGUUGUGUUGUAUUUGAUUUGCAAAUUUUGGUGUGGUUUUGUCAUGUGAUUUCACUGUAAACUACUGUUGUUGUGGUCAAGAAUACAAUUUUGUGGAAAACUAGUUCAAAACUGGAAAAUUUUUUGAAACUUAAGCUUGGUUUAGUUUAUUUUAAGAAAUGAACAGUCAUGACAUUUGCCUCAUCUGAAUUAUUCUGGAGACAGUUAAAUAAUUUUUUGCAAUGUUUGUGGAGAAAUCAUUAAUACCUAAAUUGAACUUAAAUAAGAUUACUUUACAAACUUGCAAAACGUUUUUUCUCUAUUUAGUAGAGUUACCAUUGAUUAAAUCAGCAAAGUUUGCAUCCAGUGAUCUUUCUGUAGGAACAGGAUAUUGAAUCACAAAAUAGGGGUAUCUAACCCCAACAAGCUUUUUGUUGUUGUUGGUCUGGGUGUAUGAUGUCAAUUUCUCCAAGUAUUCAACUUUUCAAACUGUUUUUUGAAGUCAAAAGUCUUUCCUAAGAAUUUAAUUGAUAUGUGAAAUAGGAAAGACUUGAGAGCUCUUUGAAAUAAUGGUUUGGUCUACUUUUGCAAUUUGCCACUGUUGUGAUGUUAUUUCUUUCUUUCUUCUUUCAAUCUUCUUUUUGAAAUUUUUAAUUUUUGCCAAGAAGAUAACUGUCUCCGGCAAGAAGAAAGAGUUUGGAGCUGUGUGAAAAAUCUCUUUUGUUUUGUUGAUGGAUGAUAUUGCAAUGAUUUUCUUUGAGGCACUUUUGAGGAGUCAGCUUUGAUGAUGACUCUCUCCUGCACCCUUUGCAGGUUGCUUCACCUUUUUCUUGUCGGACAGAUGUUUUCUUUAUUUAUUUUCGGGCAUUGUUUUGGGUGUCAUCUGUGUUCUCCCUCAUGUUUAGCACAAUAGAAAAAAAAAUUAACAAAUCAGAAGAGCAAUUCCUUUUACCCAUUGAAUUUUCAAGAAAAUUCCAAGUGAUUUUAAAAUGAAAUGAGAGGUACUACAGGAGAACAUUGCAUCAGAGGGCCGGGCCUGAAAGAUGUUCGUCACAAUAUGUUUUUAUGAGUGAUAUGUAGUGGAUGUGGAUCUUGAUCUGAGUGUUGUGAUUUUCUUAUGUUGUCCCUCCUCUUGCCUCCCUUAUUUUGUUGUUGUUGUUGUUAUUCACAGUUCUGUUUGGUUAUAGACUAUUAGUGUUAACACCAGAUGUAUUCUCUCUAAUUUCAUUUUUGAAUCACAAUUGGCUGUAGUGGUUUGUUACCUUUUUAAAUUUUGUGUCUGUUUGAUAGUUAUGACCCCCCCCUGAGGUCUUGACUGUCAUGUGUGGAAAAUCAUUGUUGUUUUUUAUCACAUCAUUCUGUCAAUUCAUAGUAAAAAUGAGAAAGCAGUUUAGGCUGUUUCUUUUUGUAUCACUGCAACUUCAACCCUUUUAAAGAAAUUUCAAAGCUAUGGUUGUCUUUCAGACAUCUAUGGAGCUUGCAAAAGAAAAUAUGUGAGCUGGUGGGAAUUUCUUUCAAGCAACUGGGUGAAAGUGUAAUUUUUGAUUGUUGAUUGUUGAUUAGGAUGAAUCUAAAAUUAGUUUUUGUGGCUACUGCCUCCUACAGUAGGUGAAGCCACAUAUGUAGUCAAGAUGAGUGAGUGAGUGUGACAAUAGCAUUCUGAUCUUGACCCAAUUUUGACCUGAUGUUUCCUGGUGAUACUUUUUGUUUGUUUCAUAUUAUCUUUGUAGUGCGAUAUUGGCACAACUAGCAAAUUAUACAGAUCCGAAGAUAGAAUAUUUUCAGUUCUUUCCAUGACACUAUGAAAAACAGUGGUGCACAUGGUCACAUAAUUUAAAUCAAAACUUUCCUUGCAGACAUUUCUCAAUAGAUGUGAUCUGCCCAUCAUGGAAGCUCUGAGGAAAAUGUUUUCUUUAUAAAGAGAGAAUUUUACUGUUUGAAUUAGUGACUUAUGCUGAAAAGAGCUGCUAAAUUUGCGAGGCAAGCAAUAUGAUACCUUGAGUUAUUCAACAGAAUGAUGGAACAGAGGAAUGGAGGAUUGGUGGAUUGCUGUAACAUCUUGAGACAUGGAAUGACAGAAAAUGCCUCUUUGUAUGAGACAUAUGUCCCAAAAAAAAUGGAAUUGCUAGAAAAUAAGUCAUUUAUGAUUGACAGGCAAAAUUAAAAGAAGCAUAGAUAAUCACUGUUGGAAUCCAUCAGAUAGGGAAACCAUGAGGCUAUUGAGUUAGCUCCCUUAAAAUUAUUAUCAUAUUACUUUUUUAUCAUUAUAAUUAUUGUUAUUAUUAUUAUUUGUCACCAUUUAAUUUUUGGUUGAUGGUCAAUUAGACAGUAUAUUCUUAAAUCAUCUUGUGGAACAUGGUACUCAUAAAUAUACAGAAGGUUUUCUGUUUUGCAUGUGAGACAAAUAUUCUGCAACACUACCUUGUAGCACCAUUAUACAACCUCUAAUUAUUUCCAAUGCUAUGAAAAUUGUGCUAUUCCAGUAGCCACAUGCAGUCUGUGUGUAUUUUUGCAUUGGCACCCAAUAGGGGUCAAAUAUUUUUGUUUCAAUCACCUGAUGGAUUUUUGGUUUUCAAAAAUUGUCGAAUGCAAAAAAAGUUUUUGUCUUGUAGUGAAAUAGAAAGAUUGUGCUGUUAAAAUCUUUUUUUGCUUGCAGCAUAUUUCUACUUGUUAAUGCUCACUAAGUGGGUGUCUUAAGGGUAGCAAAAUGCAAAGGUUUCAGUUCUUGAGUGUUGGAUUAAAUGAAGAACAUAUUGACUAAACUCUAAGUCUGUGGCUUCUUUGCAACUAGCAUUCUGAUAUUGCUUACUAAUAAUCAAUUUUCAGUUACAUGCACAUGCAAAAUUUGGACUAUUUAUGGUCAAAUGCACCAGAAGAUUGAAUGCAGUCUGAGAGCUAGUUCAUGAUUAAGAUUGUUAAACUCAAAAGUUACUUAUUCUUAUUUUUAUAGAAUGGUUGAUGUUGGAGGUCAGCGGUCCGAGAGAAGGAAGUGGAUUCACUGCUUUGAGAAUGUGACAUCAAUUAUGUUUCUUGUGGCUCUCAGUGAAUAUGACCAAGUCCUUGUAGAAUCAGCCAAUGAGGUAGUGUUAUCUUCUUUGGUCUCUGCCUUUUGUGCAGAGGUAGUAAUGGGUGCUGUGCAUCAUGCUUUGAUAACGUCAAGAGUUGAAAUACAAACAUAACUGAGACAAUUAUACAGUCUAAUGGGCUAUCAAAGCUGCAAUAUUUUUCAGAUUGCAUUUGUGAUAUUCACUUGAUAUUACACUAGUUUGGUUCAUCUUACUAAAAAGUCUUUGUACCCUGAAGGCAACAGAUUCCAAAUGAUGUUAAUUUUCCAUCAGUUUGGGCUAUUGAUUUCUUAAUGGAUCAUUCAUUUUCAGAGUGCUACAUGUCAGCUAGAAAUGUCUUGUUCUCUAUUUAUUUAUUAGUGAUGAUUUAGGGAAAUUUUUUACUUGACCUCUGAAUUUCCCACAAAAUUUCACUUGUAAACCACAGUGAGCACAGUAACAGUCUUAUAAUGAAAAUUCUCUUCAUCAAUGCUCCAAGCUGUGAUCAUGUUGGCUGCCAAGGUGGCAAAAAAUAUUCAGUGACUAGAUUUGCAGCUUAAAUUUCCAAUUCAUACAUCCUUAAACUUUGUGCUCAAGGAAUUGUGCACAUAUCACAUUGAUGGACAAGAAGUCAACUGAGAAACUUUGUUCUAAUUUUCAACUGACCGGAACUGCAUUAUUUUUCAUUAAAAGGGAGUAUCAUAUUGUUCCUUCUGUUUAUCAAUAUUUUGAAAAGUGCUCAAAUGUUUUUAAAAUCAAUAACCUUGUUCUUUUAAUUUUUCAGAAUCGCAUGGAGGAAAGCAAAGCGUUAUUUCGUACUAUUAUCACAUACCCAUGGUUUCAGAACUCUUCCAUCAUAUUAUUUUUAAACAAGAAGGAUUUGUUGGAAGAGAAAAUUAUGUUUUCGCAUUUGGUGGAAUAUUUCCCUGAAUUUGAUGGUAUGUAAGCUGUUCCUUUAUUUGUCAUUUAGCUAUACUUUCUUGUAGGGUUGUUGUUUGCCAGUGACAGAAAUGGAAGUGUAAAAAGAAAGGAGACUCCUGCUGAGCAUAAACAAAUGGGCUUGUACAUGCACAUGAUUAAAAGCAAUAUUGAAAUUAAUGCCCCUGAAUUAUGUUGUCAUCAUUGUUUGAAGUGGGUGACCCAAAAGGCCAACUGAUAUAGAUUUUUUAGGGUUCAUCAUGGACUCCAGCAGUCUAGGGUGUAGCAUUACAAAGGUCUAAGUCAUUAUACUUCUUCAAGUGUUUUCCUGUUUCCAAGCAACUGAGUACAGAUGGGUACCAGAAUCAAUGAGAGUGCUAUGGUGGGUUUCACCAGUAAUACCUUUUUCAAUCUUGGUGUGAAAUUUUGAAGCAUUCUAGAUUUUUGUUGUCCCAGUUAUGUCUUCAGGUUUUUGUUCCCUGUUCAAUUUGGUUAAUCUUCUCUAUUUCAAGCCAAAGUCAUACCUUUCAAGCAUAUUUGUUUGGUUGAGAGUUUUUGGUGGUUCAAUAUUUUUCAAACCAGUUUGAUUAACAUACAAUGUAAUUUUGGACUUGUAAUGUGAAAGAGUGUGCAUCAAAGUAAAACUGGCUUGAAAAUUUUUCAGUAGAGGAAAAAUUUUUUACUCCAGGGUAGUACUCUUACCCCUUUGGUGGUUUUUACUGAUAAACUUAUUAUUUUAUGAAUUUAAGAAGUCUUUUUCCGAUGUAUAUGUGUUAAUCUUUGUUAAUCUUUGUAAUAACUUUUGUUUUGUACAGGACCCCAGUGUGAUGCACAGGCAGCACGUGAGUUCAUUCUUAAAAUGUUUGUGGACCUGAAUCCAGAUUCAGAUAAGAUAAUAUACUCCCACUUCACAUGUGCCACAGAUACAGAAAAUAUCCGGUUUGUAUUUGCGGCUGUAAAGGAUACAAUACUGCAGUUAAACCUAAAAGAGUAUAAUCUAGUUUGAAUAGAGUUGGUAAGAGAUCUUAUAAUCUGAAUUAAAGAUAAGAAGGCAAGUAGGCUUUGAGAGAUUCAACUUGGGAAUGAAAACUGUAGAAAAUCACAAAAUGGUUGAAUAGAGAUUCCUUUAUUUAAGAUUACUUGUCUUCAGCUGAUUCUAAGUGAAGUGCUUUUGUGUACAAAAUACUCUAAAACAAAAGUUUCUGUGUGAGAAUAUAACUAGGAUUCAAGCUGUGAAGACAAGUACAGCACUGUGAAUUGUUUCCAGUAUAUUUCAACACAGUUGAGCAUUGUGUAAUUUGAAGGUAGUUAAGCAACUGGAAAUAUUUUCCAAAGUGUUAGAUAUAUAGCUAGAAAGUGUCUUGAAUAAGGAAAAAGAAACAUUAGUUUGGCUGUUAAGUUUUCACCAAGGCUACUCCCACCUCCCUCUCCCUAGUUUUGCCUCUUGGAUCAACAGUUAUGUUGUUUUUCGUAAGAGUGGGGACAAUUUCUUGUUUGUUCCAUCCUGCAAAAGAAUUUUGUAUUGUUAGCCUAAAGGAAAAAUAAACUGUUUUCUUUUACUAGUCUUUCUUUUGCAAGCUUUUGAAAAGAUAUUUACAAUGUUCACUUCCAGAGAUUUUGGUGAGAAAAGUAUUAAUUACUUGCCUUCAAUUGGCCAUAAACAAAGUGUAUAUGAUAUCCAUAAUUUAACUGCUAAUCUUCAUCAUAUUGAACACCCUUCUUGUGUAUUUGCUUUCUGGGUAAGCUGGCUUCAGCCUGGAUUUCUUGAACUCUUUUGCCUCUCUUUUGUCACUUUAUGAUUCUUUCAACUGAAUUGCUGAGGAGGUUAGUUUUUCAUUAUUGAUAAGGUGUCUUGGGAUUUGUCAUCUCAUCAUGGACUCUACAACUUUCUUUCCUUUGUGGUCCUGGGGCAUUUAGUAUCAUUAUUUUUACCAAUGAACUGCAAGGCUUAAUAGAAAAGUAAUUGUGUCUCAUCAUUUUAAAAGUAGAAGCAAGAAAUUAAAUUACUAAUUACAUGGUUUGGCUGCAUCCCUGUGUGAAGAAUUAGUAUAAAAUACUCCUUAGUUAGAGAGGAGACAAACUUAUUAACCUAAAGUAGCCAUGUAAAGUUCAUAAUGGUGAAAGUAGUAUUCUAAAUGAAUAGUUUAAGAAAAACUACUAAAGUCGCUAAAAAACAAGGAAAAAUUUCUACAGUAGGUAUGUAAUAAAAUUUCCUCAAUGAAAACUACAUAUAGACCCUUAGAGAGAUAAUCAACAUCUAGUAAACAACUUUUGUUAAACCUUGAGUUGCUUCUCCUGGUAUUAUUGCUAAUUAUGAUAUCUUCAGAUGUAAAUCAAGAGGAAAAGCAGUCAGUAAGUUGCCAACAAGUAAAGAUCUUCUUUUGGACUUGACUUUGUGAUUGUAUGAAGAGGAUUAAAUCAAACUCUAACUAUCCUGACCUUGGUAACGUCUGUUUUUCCAUCAGUAAAAGAAAAACACUUCUUAUUGCCAACUUAGAGUUGCUUUACCCAGAAAAAUUAAAGUAUCUUUGAUUUUCAUUCAUUGUUACAGUUCCCUAUUGUAGGAGUAGUAGUUGAAAUAGGAAAGGCAGGUUUUUUUGUUGUGAAUUGUAGUAUUUUGCAGGAAUACUUUAGAUCUAUGGUGAAGGCUAAGUAGUUUUCGUGACAAGGAGUGGUGAAGUUACAAUUAGAUUAGCAACUUGUAGCUGUUGAUGUAUACGUAGUUAGUGGAACUGUUUGGCAAUAAGAUGGGUUUGAUUGACCAGCUAAUUCGAGAGUUGAAGGCAGAAAUGACAUCAGGGUUGUACAAUUGCUGUUAUUGGUCACAGUGCCCCUGGGAGUAGACAUGGUGGGUUGCCAUGGAAACAUCAGAGAGAACACCUUAACUUUUUAGAUUUUUAUUUUCUAAACAAUUAACGUUGACUUAAGACAUCUUUCACGCGUCUUUCUGUUGCGUUCAUUUCGAUUAUUUUCCAUUGUGGCUGACCGUUCUUGAACUAUUAGAAAAAUAGAAAAGAUAUAAAUUAUUAUUGUUAUGGAGCCAAAUUAUUUGGCAGACAAUUCCAAUAAAAUUUUUAAUUCGUUCAUGAUUAUGUCAGCAUUGCAUCUAGCAACAAAAAUAUCUUGAUUUGUCUUAGCUGGAUCCCUGUGGUAACAGCCCUUGUACUUAUUGUAGUCAAUUGCUGUAUGUAUUCAUGUAUGUAUGUAUGUAAUUGCAGUACUUUUAUAAACUGUUCAUUUCUUUUCCGUUGUGAUCAACGACCACAAGUGCUUGUUUUUAAGGGCCAGUGAAGUCACUACUCAUCUAGGCUGACAGACUUUUUAUUGUAAAUUUUUCUGCAGCAGAAAGAUUAAAACAUAGCAAAAUGACCAAAAAAAGAAUGGGAA